AUGCCUUCCUUCGCAAACACCUUCCUCGCUCUGGCUUCCCUCCUGGCCGUCUCCAGCGCUGCACCCACUGUUGUGCCCCGCGCCAGCAGCUGCCCCUCCACUGGCAAAGCUCGCGCUCAGCCCUCCGCCCUAUACAACGUCUACCCUAGCGCCCCCAACGUCGCAAAGAAGUCACCUGGCUUCCACAUCGAAACCUACAACAAUGCUUCACAAGUCGAGCAGCUCCUCGUCUUUAGCGACAUCCCCGCCGAAGCCAAGUCUUGCAGCGUCGGCUGGGCUCAGGGCGAACGACCCGAGCGCAUCUUCAUCGUCAAGGGCGGCGAUGGCUUGACCUCUGUCAAGCAGCUGUCUGGCUUCCCCGAUGCCAAGAACGUCAACUACAACACCGCCAAGGAGUUCGAUACGAUCGAUGAGUCUGUCGGUGCUGCCGACUUUACCAACUGGGACGAUCUUCCUGCGCAGGGACAUAUCAUUGGCAGCAUUGACUGCAAGAGCUCCAUCUACCUCAAGGCUGCUCUGCGAAACCCCGAUGGCAACACGAAGGUCUUCCUCGAGCAGAACAGCAAGAAUGGCUUGUACAUUGAGUACAGCUGCUAA